AUGUCGACGAAAAACCGUGAAUUGAGUGAAGAGUUGUCGCCGCGAUUGUAUCAUCUGAUAAAACGGCCGGACUUUGAUGGCUAUGGAUUCAAAUUAGUAGAGAAGGCAAAGAUCGGACACUACAUCGGGAGAGUGAACGCCGACUCUCCGGCACAGUUGGCCGGACUCCGAGAGGGCGACCGUAUUAUUGAAGUGAAUUCGGUUAACAUUUCCAAUGAAACUCAUCGACAAGUCGUCGAAAGGAUUAAAUCGAUUCCCAAUGAAAUCAAACUAUUAGUGAUCGACGAGACGACUAGACUCUCGUCGGAGACUCUCACGAGUGAAGAGUUGGACCGAAAGUGUCGUGAAUUGUGUGAAGAGAUGUCGGCUCUGAAGGCAAGCAAUGAGUCCGAAGUGAAG